GCGCCCUCACCCAGGCCAUCCGCAACUUCGCCAAGAGCUUGGAGAGCUGGCUGGGCAGCGCCAUGGUCAGCAUGCCCGAGGAGCUGGUGCGGGUCAAGGAGCAGGCGGCCUGGGUGUGCCGCUGCGAGGCUCGCGUCGUGCAGCGCCUCGAGCAGGAUUUCAAGGCCACGCUGGGCCAGCAGCACUCGCUGGAGCAGUGGGCGGCCUGGCUGGACGCCGUGGUGGCCAAAGUGCUGCGGCCACACCUGGGCACGCCCGGGCUGCCCCGCGCUGCCAAACUCUUCCUGCUCAAGUGGUCUUUCUACAGCUCCAUGGUGAUCCGGGACCUGACCCUGCGCAGCGCCGCCAGCUUCGGCUCCUUCCACCUGAUCCGCCUGCUCUACGACGAGUACAUGUACUACCUGGUGGAGCAGAGGGUGGCACGGGCACGGGGCACCUGCCCCAUCGCCGUCAUGGGCGAGUUUGCCAACCUGAGCUCCCUGAACUCGCAGGACCCCGACAAAGAUGAGGAAGAGGAGGAGGAGGAGGAGAGCGAGGAGGAGCUGCCGGCCGAGCUGGGCCUGGGCGGGGCCGCGGUGCCCCCGGAGCCGCCCCUGGACCCCCGGCCAAAGUGCCGCGGGGGGGGCUCUUCGUGCAGGCGCUGCCCUCCAGCUGAGCCCCGCCCCCCGCGGGGGGGGCCGAUGUGCCUUAUCGCCGGGACCGUGCCAAAGCCCCUCCCCCACCCACCCCCUGGGGAUGGUCUCUUUACGACAGUCGCGCUGUACGGCAGUUUGACAACAGUGCUGCUUCACGGCACCUCUUUUACAACAGUUGCCCUUUACGACAGUUUUGCUACAGUAGCGCUCUGCUACACCUUUUACGACAGUUUCACGGCAGUCGGGCUUUACGACACCUUUUACGACAGUCGUGCUUUACGAGAUAUUUUACGACAGUUUUAUGACAGGCGCACUUUACGACACCUUUCACGACGGUUUCGCGACAGUUGCUCCUUUCACGACGGUUUUGUGACAGUCGCGCUUACGACACCUUUUACGACAGUUUUGCGACAGUUGCUCCUUUCACGAUGGUUUUGCGACAGUCGCGCUUACGACAUCUUUUACGACAGUUUCGCGACAGUCGCGCUUUAG